GCUGUGGAUCCAGGGUCGGGGCAGACUUGCAGCAGGCUCACUCCAAGGUCAGCCAGGGGCAGUUGCCAGGGCCUUUAGGACCUAUGCAAAUAGGGGCAGAUUCCAGAGCUGCCAGUGGCAGGAAGCCCAGGCUUCCAUUGGCAGGAAAGCAUGGUAGCAGGAGAGAGCAGGGCGCUUCUGCACACCAAAGGGGAGGUGCACCAUGGUGACUGUAGAGAGCGCCCCCUGGUGUAUGGGGUCCUCACUUAAUAAGACAAAGCACACAUUGGACCCUCCAUCAGAUCCUUCUGCUUUAAAGGAAUAGGAUCUCAGAGCUGCCACUGCCCACCCACUUGAUGACGUCAUGGCUUCACGUAGAGAAGGAGGCGGGCCUGAGCUGGAGAAGGGGCCUGGAUUGGCAGAAUCUCUGGUGGUUUCAGGCUGAAAGAGAAGCCAACGCCAUACUUGAGUUUCUUCCAGCAGUUUCCCAUCAGGUCCUGGAGCCAAGGUAAGGGAGAACCCAGGCCUCAGCCUUUUCCUGCACAGGGAUGUGGGAGGACAUCCAGGAGCUAGGGGUGGUGUUGGCCAGUUUAGCGGUUUGUUCCAGGAGCUGUGGACAGUGUUUUGGGGGGAGGGGAAUGUAACAGUGAAGAGGAAACUCCAUUUCCUGUCCUUUGAAAUUAGAAAGGGGCUGGAGUGUAGCUCAGUUAGGUGAGUGCUUGCUUAGCAUUCACAGAGCCCUGGAUUUGAUCCCCAGAUCCAGGUCAUGGUGGUGCAUACCUGCAAUACCAGCACGUGAUAGCUGAAGGCAUCAAGAGCAGUUCAAGGUCAUCUUUAGGGACACAUGAAAUGAGAGGUCACUGUGGGCUACAUCUUGUCUAAAAAAAAAGUGAGCAGAAAAGAAAAAAUAAUUGGCCUUUCUAAAUCAGGGCAACACUGUGAUUGUCUUGGUUCUAGGCCUGUCCCUUCACUUCAGUCCCUCUGAGGCCCAAGGGUUCCCUCUUCCCCUUAUACCCAGGUCCACAGGGCCAUGGUCAACCCCUAGACCCAGGCUGCCAGCCUUCCAGACUCUCCAUUGGGAGGUCACAGGGAGUUGUGGAGGGGGAAAAGUUUAUUUAGUCAGAGAGCCUCCAAACGCAUCUAGUUUCCGUCAGUGUAAAAAGGCAGUAAAAUGACAAGGUGUGGAGACACAGAGAACAGGCAUACAAGAACGAAGGGAGAAGGAACAUCAUCAGAUCAUAUACACCGGUCAGGCCUGCCGCCUCCACCCCCAUCCUUGUGACAGGCAGAGAGACAGAUGUCUCUCAGUCUAGGAGCUUCUUGUGCUUGGCUUAAGCAGAGAUCAGUCAGAGCUGUCAGUAAGAACCUGUGCGCCCUUGCCACUCUGAACCCCCAUUGACAAGUCCGUCUGCAGAGGCUCCCUCCCUGGGACCCGGAUAUCUGGGCCCAGCACAGACCAGAAGAAUGCAGAAGUCAGCUAGAAGAGCAAACUUUUGGACCUCUGCUCAUUGACCCCGGCAGAGAAGGUAAUGAGCAGGAAGCAGGCAGACAGUACAACCCUGUCCCCAUAUGGUCACAAAGCUGCCCUAAAUAAGAAUAUUGUUCCCAUAGCCAGGCCUAGAAACAGAAAGAAGGCUGUGAUGACUCCCACCACCUGAGAGUUAUUUUCUUUUAGCACUCUAAGUAUAAUUUCACAUGCUCUCCUCUCUGUAGAAAUGUUGACAAGACAUGGUAUCAUUUGGGUGUUUGGAUUUUUUCCUGUGUAUGACAUUCUCCUUAACACACAUAACACACUUGUAGUAUUUGUAGAUUUGUGCUUUUUACACCUUGAUGUGAAAUGUGAACAAGAGUUCCAGUCUUUGUUCCAGAGACAGAAACUUGGAGAAGAACAAGGAAAAUGGCUGUGUCUCCUGUAAAUGAGCACCAGAGCCUGUUGACAUUCAGGGAUUUGGAUGUAGACUUCUCCCAGGAGGAGUGGGAAUGUCUGGAUUCUGUUUGGAGGACUUUAUACAUUGAUGUGAUGUUGGAGAAUUACAGAAAUCUUGUUUUUGUAGAGAAACAUCGCGUAUGUGGUAAAUAUGAGAACAUCAUGGAUCAAGGAUCAAAGAGUACUGUCUAUCAGCAUGUGAAUAUCCAAAAGAAGUCUUAUAAAGAUAAUGACCUUUGCAAAAUGCUUUAUGAAUCCUCUUGGUGUAUACCUUAUAACACCAGCAAUACUACAGGAAACCAUCAAAGAAUUCAUACAGGAAAGGAACCUUACAAAUAUGGUGAAUGUGAAAAGUCCUUUGGAUGUAGCUCAAAUCUUGGAACACAUCAAAAAUCUCAUAAAGGACAGAAACCUUGCAAAUGUAGUGAAUGUGAGAAGUCCUUUACACGUAAUUCAACUCUUAAAAAUCAUCAGAAGAUUCAUGUGGGAGGGAAACCUUACAAAUGUAGUGAAUGUGUGAAGUCAUUUACAUGUAGUUCAGCUCUUAAAAAUCAUCAGAGAAUUCAUACAGGAGAGAAACCUUAUAAAUGCAGUGAAUGUGAGAAGUCAUUUUUAUAUAAUUCAAUUCUUAAAAAUCAUCAGAGAAUUCAUACAGGAGAGAAACCGUACAAAUGUAGUGAAUGUGAGAAGUCAUUUACAAAUAGUUCAAAUUUUAAAAAUCACCAGAGAAUUCAUACAGGAGAGAAACCUUACAAAUGUAGGGAAUGUGAGAAAUCCUUUGGAUCUGGCUCAACUCUUAUAAAACAUCAGAGAAUUCAUACAGGUGAGAAACCUUAAAUGUAGGGAAUGUGAGAAAUCCUUUACAUAUAUUUCACAUCUUAAAAGACAUCAGAUACUUCAUACAGAAGAAAAACCUUAUAAAUGUAAUGAAUGUGAAAAGUCCUUU